AGCACACUGUCAGCGAGUGUUGAAUCACUGCAUACUGUAAGAGUUAGACACAGUUUUGAAGUUAGUACUGUAGCGUUUAGAAGUUUUAAACAGAUUCAUGAAAGCGAGCUGGUCCAACUAACUUCUCGUCAGUGUGACUUACCGGUGUGACUUACCGGUGUGCCAGUGGAAAUGUUCGUUAUUUAAGUGUGUGUGAUGGCAGAGCUCCCGUCUGGACUGCUGGAGGCAUGUGUAGUGGUUGGUGCACCCAGUGAUAAGCUCCGUGACAUAUACCAGCUUCAACAGCAGAGUACGUUGGGUGAACUUCCCCUGCUGGAAGCUGAAGUACUGCAGGUCCAUGCCCCCCCAUUUGUUUCCAAGGAGACUAACUCCAGCCAGUUGAUUGGACCAGCUUUCAGUCGUGUCCAGAGGAGGAGAAGCUUUAUAAAGAAGAAGAGGCGAGACCGUGCUGCAGAGGUGUUGCCUAAUGGAGAGACAACCAGUCGUACAGAAGCGUCCUCCGCAUCAGAAGACAUCAGUGUUCCUAAGGAUCUGGACCUCAUCGCCUUGCCGCAGCUCUGUUUCCCUGGUGGUCUUCAGUUAACCAAUGAGCCGAGAGAAGACAGUUAUCACUUCCUAGUUUUUACUGACCUGUUUGGGAACCGAACCCAUGGAGUUGUCGUACAGUAUUACAGAGCUGUACAGUCCUGUCAGGAGGGUUCUGUCCAUAAUGUCCAAAGAUGGAAUUCAUCAAAGUCCCGCCUCUAUACACCGUUUGCCAUUUGUGUCAUCUCCAAGUUCCCCUACUACAAUGCUCUGAAAGACUGCUUGUCAUGUCUCCUGGUCCAGUUGCGGCCUGCAAGACAAUCUGACUUUGAGGAGACUAUAAAAGAAUUUUCCGCUAAGCUGUCUCUAGUCCCUUUACCUCCUCCUGGACAGCUACAUGUGUCCUUCAGCCUCCGUCCGCUCCAUGUGUUUCUUCCAUCAAGAGAGGAUCAGGACAGCCCUCUUAUCGACAUCGACCUGCAUCUUCCUUUGCUAUGUUUCACGCACACAACACUGCUCCAGGUGCUGUCCUACCUCCUCCAAGAGCAGAGGCUGGUCUUCUUCUCUGCUGACUGGGCCAGACUCACUCUGGUCGCAGAGAGCUUGCUGCUUUACCUGCAGCCUCUGUCCUGGCAGCAGCCCUAUGUUCCCAUCUUGGCACAAGGAAUGCUAGACUUCCUCAUGGCUCCUACAGCCUUCCUGAUGGGCUGUCACAUCAGUCAUUUUGAAGAGGUUGCUGCAGAGACAGAAGAGCUAAUUCUGGUGAAUGUCGAUGAUGGCAUCAUUCAGUCAUCAUGGUCUGAAAUCAUUGACCUACCAGCUAUCCCUCUGGCUGCAGCUGAGAGCUUUAUGUCAAGGGCUGAGUGUCUCCAGCUUCACUACGACUUGGAGCUGUGUCAUCUUGGAGCGGGCACCGAUGCCAACGCUCUGCGAAGUCAACGCAGAGACUGGCAAACUCGCCUCAACACACAGAUACAAAACAUCGCUCUGGAACUAGUGGUCAACAUCUUCAGAGACGUCCAGGACUUUCUGAACCAUGAACACAGAGUCUUUAACAGUGAGGAGUUCCUGAGGACGAGGGAGCCAGCAGACCAGAUUUUUUACAAGAAGGUUUUAGAGACCCAUAUCUUCCACACAUUCCUGCGGGACAGGCUCAACAGGAAAUCAGACACCUUCAGUCGCAUGGAGCAGAACACGCGUAACCGUUCACACAGGAAUCGUGCAUUGACAGAGUCUCCCCGGCGUCCUCUCAUGUCCGAUCUGUCGAGGACUGGCUAUAGCAGCUACACCAGCCCAAAUGACCGACUGAGCAAGAGGCUGGGGGCCAGUCUGCCUAACCUGCAACAACCUGCCAAUGACACAGGGACAGCCAUCAGCUCCAGCAGACCAGCCUCCGUCAGGAAAAUAUCUCCUGAUGUUGGUUUGAAGUGUCCUCAGAAAGUGGUGAAGGUUUUCCGCCUUCCCGAGUUCCCCCCGCCGCUGGCCUAUCAUUACGUCCAGAACUAUUAUUCUGACAUGGUGUCCUCCCUGGGGAAGGCUAUUAACACUACUCUGCCUGAGGAGGCUGCUCUGCUGGCCAGGUACCACUACCUGCGAGGUUUGGUAAACACGGUGUCCAACAGACGUCUGGAUGCACUGGAGGACUUUCAGAGUCUGUAUAAGACAGACUCAGAUAUCUUCCCUUCUCAGAUGGUGAAGUCAGUGGUCGACUCGCUGCCAGAAGCUGAACGGUUACAGGCGGACAGACGGCCAGAACUGAAACGGCUCAUCAGUCGGCUCAAGAGGGAUCAGGAGCGGGAACGCGCACUCAAUGGCAACGGUCAAGAGCACGAUUCCGUCAAGCGUUUCCAGCUGCCGAAAAAAUACAUGCAGCUGGAGGAGUUUGUUAAAUGUGUCCAGGAGUCUGGCAUCGUUAAAGACCAAGGAACCAUAAAUAGACUCUUUGACGCUCUAACUGUAGGUCAUCAGAAGCAGGUUGGGCCAGAUUUGUUCAGAGUCUUCUACACCAUCUGGAAGGAGACGGAGGCAGAGGCACAGGAGGUGUGUUUGCCCACGUCAGUCUAUGAGCACAUUGAGCCCAGCGAGUGUGUUUUCAAGCUUUCCUCCUCCGUGAAGACGAGCCGCGGUGUGGGAAAGAUUGCCAUGACUCAGCGACGGCUCUUCCUGUUGACCGACGGAAGACCAGGAUACGUGGAUGUUGCACAGUACCGGGAUCUAGAGGAGGUGAAAGUGUCCUCGGCUCCCUUCCUGCUCCUGCGAAUCCCCAGCCUGAAGCUGCGGGUUCAGGGCAGGAAGGACACGUUUGAGGCUAAUUUGAAAACGGAAACAGAGCUGUGGAACCUGAUGGUCAAAGAGAUGUGGGCUGGGCGCAACAUGGCUGACCAACACAAGGACCCCCAGUACAUGCAGCAGGCUCUGACCAACGCCCUGCUGAUGGACGCAGUGGUGGGAAGCCUUCAGAACAGCAAGGCCAUCUACGCUGCUUCCAAGCUGGCUCACUUCGACCGCAUCAAGAUGGAAGUGCCGAUGAUGGUUCCCAAGACAACGGCAGAGACGCUGAAGCAUAAAAUUAACCCCUCACUGGAGCUCGCUGCACCUCAGGCUGUAGAUGUACUUCUUUACACACCAGGUCAGUUAUGGGUGUCUGUGAGCGUGGGAAAGGUGAUGGUGUUUGAUGCCUCAAGCUGGUCCCUCACACAUACCUGCCACGUUGGGAAUGCAAGACUGAACUGCAUGCUGGGAGUGGAUAAGGAUCAGGUCUGGGUAGGUUCUGAGGACUCUUUUAUCUACAUCAUCAGCAUGGUGGCCAUGGUCUGUAACAGACAGCUGACUGAACACAGGGCGGAGGUCACCGGACUGGCGCUUGACACGGACAAAUACAGCCAGAAGGUGGCGUACUCCUGCAGCGCAGAGGGAAGCGUCAUGGUGUGGGACGUCUCAACACUUCAGGUUAAGAGGCAUUUUCGCCUCUCCUGCGGCCGCCUGCAGUCCGUCUACAGCUGUGAGGGGACGCUUUGGUGCUGCUCCAGGGACAACAUAAUGGAGGUGUGGAGGAACGGCUCAUUAAAACAUCGGUUGAAUCUACCAGAGCAGCAAAAAGGAUCCACAACUACAUUCAGCUCCAUACUUCUGUUACCUGAGAAGGAGGAGCUGUGGAGUGUCUGUAUGGACUCAGCAGAAGUUUGUAUUUGGCACAUUAAGGACCCUACCAAACCGUAUCACCGCGUGGCUCUACAGGACUGCACCGGAUGUUACUGCAUUAUCAAAGUUAAAAAUCAGGUUUGGGUCGGUGGUGUUGGCCGCAGCUCAAGCAAAGGGAAGAUUUACAUCCUGGAAACAGAACGUCACCAGGUCAUGAAGGAGCUUCACGGCCACAACGACAAGGUGACAGCGCUCUGUUCUGCGGAGGAUCGAUACAUCCUCAGUGGAGCCGGCAAAAAUGACGGAAAGAUCGCCAUCUGGAAGGUGGAGUAAAUCAGUCUGGAAAUGGACUAACAUUCUAGUUGGAGCUUGAGUUUGUUAAGGAAAACUUCACCCACAAAAUAAGGGUAUUUCUAUCAAUCAGUCAUCCUGUUUUACCUCCAAUUUUUGAAGAACGGUUUAUUUUUUUUCACGUUUUCACUGCUUUCCAAACAUACAUUCACAGUACUCCCAUGAACGAAUAGCAUGUUUGCACAAGAUUGACAUUGUUUAUUUGGGGGGUGGGGGGUUUUCUCACAAAUUUAAGGUGACACGUUGUGAUAUUGGAUAAACAAAUCAUCACUUUGGGUAGGAAGUAUUCCUUCCUUGAAUGCCAUCGCUCCGAUGAAACUACUCUCGAACUUCCUGCGAACAAAACUUUUGAAUCUGCGAGACAAGGAGCGAGGAUUUGUGUUUUGGAAAGACGAUCCAAUUCCCAACCUCGCCUUGCCUUAUGCAUCUCGAAAAUAUGAAGGAAUCACAUGGCAGUCAUGUGAAGCAACAUGUUUACAUAAAGUGUCACCAGCUGAGCAGCUUCUCCCACCUGCUAUGAAGUGGUGUUUUGCAGUUUGAAUUACUAACCGUACUAACACUUUAUUUUUCGGGAACAUGAAGGACAAAUGAAGACUGAAAAAUGAGAAGUGGAAACAAGUUGGACAUUGUUUUAUUCCAACAUGCUUCACUUUACUCAAGGCAUUUUUUGUAUUUUCAUACCACGCAUUAUUUAAUGUUGUACCCUGUUUUAUAUGGAGUUUAAUCAAACUAGUAUUAUGUGGGAACAUUGUGUGACUGAGCCUCACCUCCCACUGUGUUUCUGAGGUGUGCUUCUACAGUUCAAAGGAGUCAAACUGCCCUGAAAACCACACUUGGAGAUCUCCCCAUCACGUGGGAAAGAAAAUGUUUAGUUUGAUGGAUGUAAUGCUUUAAUGGACAAUGUACAGCGGGGAGUGAUGAGAAAUACGAUGAAAGAUGAACCAAACUUGGGAGCUGGAAUCAAACUCAUGUGAUACAGCAACAUAUGUUUCGAACACGCACAAGAAAAACUUGUUUUAGUCCUGCAACAACUGGAAUCUGAUAAAAACACACAGAAUGAGGAACAACUCCACAGUAUUUUGCUCUUGUUGUAUCAUUUGUCAAACACUUACCUCCAGUGUUCGAACUAUGCCGAGAUUUUCGGGGGGUCCCAUUUUUCUCUCGGGGGGGGGGCGCUUGCUGUUGCGCUUGACUUGACUGAUAUUUUAGAGACCCCCCAACAUUUCCCAAAUCAUGUUUUCGGGGGAUCUCGUGUCAGUUUCAGGGGGUCUCGGAUCCCCCGAGUCCCCCCGUAGUUCGGACACUGCUUACCUCAUUGUUAGGCUACGUUUCACUUUCUUCUCUAUUUAUUUUCCUACAAAAUUUGUUUUACCUCAUGCUGGUCCUAAUGAGUAAAGGAAAACAGUUUUUAUAUAAAGAUUGACAGACGAUACAAACGUCAAGUCAACAUUCCCAGCUGUAAAAUGCAUGCUAUUAUGCACAUUAGUAAUAAUUCUGUUAAUACUUUUAAGUGCAAAGUCUGGGGCAUACAUUUCUAGUCAAAUGUUAAAAUGUUUAGUUGUAGACAUUUGUUCUCUGUACCUUUUACAUGGUCUCUUGAGUAGUAAUUAUUACACGAGUUGUAUGUGUAGUAACGAAGUGAAACAGAACAGACUGAAGUUUUCUCAUUUUUAUUAUUUCCAUCUUUAAAAAAAAUUUCUCCAAUAUGUUUGGACAUCUUGGCACUCAUCUGUGUUUUUCCUGUUCUUCAACUUUUUAACAAGUAGGAUAAUCUUCAGUUAGUGUCACCUGAAGUUCAUUUAAAGGGCUUAACGUAUCAUCUCUUUAUGUAUAUAGCUGGCAAUGUCAACAUAAGACUAAACAAAGUGAUGAUGCAAACUCAACCAUUGAUGUAUGAAGAUGUCUUACCUGACUUUUUAUAAGCCUUCAUAUGAAACUGUAUUAAACUGUUAACAAGAUUUCUUAUAUUUAAUCCUCAGUGAACAAAGUCAAAUACACAUUUUAUAAAGGAAGUGUUCAGUUUGUCUUUAUUACAAGCAAAGGAACAAAGGAAAAAAAAAAAAGUUUUAUUCUGCACUUUCUAGAGUUCACCACAAGAUGUUGCUGUUCGAUGACAAUUUAAGGUUUAAGCAAGAUUUCCUGACAGGAGGUUAUUGAAGUUCACUUUCACGGAUUUUAACCCACAAUAUCAAUAUAACAGGGAUAGUUUUUAAUUGAACUUUCAUUGACGAGGCAGCAGUGGCACAGUCCAUAAAGACAUGGCUUGGAAAUUGGAAGGUUGGUUAUUCAACUGAGUGUGGAGUUGUAGUUUGAUAGGAUUUGCCCUUGAGCAAGGUACCGGACCAUUACACUGCUCCCUCGGUAGUAGCUACCCAGCUGUGUGUCACAGGUUUUGGUUUGUGUGGAUCUGAGAUGCCAACACGCUUUCAGGGAUCACAAAGUCCCUGAGUAAUAACCGCUCCAGCUCUGACACACCAGUGUAUCUGUCUCUUCACUCAUCACCAGGCUGAUUGUCACUUUGUUGGGCUGCAUUCCUUUGUAAUAAACAACAUGUGUAUUACAUUAAUCAUGCACUCUUUUAAGGGUAGAUUUUGUGCUUCACCACGGCAGAGUGAUAGGAAGAACACACAUAAUGCUAGAACAGACUGUCAGCUGUCACUAGGCCACUGAAUCCUUGCAAAGCUGUUACUCUGUAAAUGACCUCUGUUCCUCCUUUUAAGAAGGGUGAAGGUGUUUUUAAUUCCAAACUAAAAACCUCCUUCCAGUCCCUUAGAUACUGUGAGUUUGCAUGUGCAGUUUAAUCAAGUGAAUCAGUAUGUUUAUGUGUAUGCUGAACAUUGUUGUGUUACAUAAAGCCAUAAGCAGCUGUUAAUCUCUCACUAUGCAGGUCCACUCAUGCCUCGGUUGCUAUCGAAGACGAAUUGCAGUUCCCAAUCUGUUUCCUUUUAAUCCAUAAAUGUUUACCUACAGGAAGCAAAAGCUCUUUUUAAGCGGAAAAACAAUAGCUGCAACUUAAAGUGUUGAAGUACGUCUAGUCAAGUACAAGGAACUUAACACUUUCUGUUCAGUUCAUUUUCACUGUAGCUAGUGCAGGUCUGAAAUAAACAAAGGUAUACAAAUAAUCCAUAAUUGGGAUAUGAUUGUCACUUUGUUGAUUUAUCUGUGAUAUCAAUUCUUCAUUGAACCUCAGUAUUUAUUUUCUUCUGUUAAGCCCUGCGUCACCUUUUACAGCACUUUGUCUGCAACACGUCCCCUACCAAAUACUCAAAAACUCAAUUUGAACUUCUAUUAUUCUAGUUUCUCAAGCGGGAAUAGGACACAAACUGAAAGUGUUAUUCUUUUUGCAAAUGUAGUUUUGAGACCCCAAAACUGUGAGGUAGUAAAGCCAAUGUCAACACAAAACAAAGUAAAAAAAUCAAUGGUGGAAAAUGUCUUAACCCAGCCUCACAAUUCUCGUUAGCUUGCACCUGUGUUGUGUAUUGUUUCCUUUGCUUUUGUUUGUUAGUGUGUAAUUGACUAUUUGUCCGUCUGAAAUUAAAUACUAUCCCUCAAAAAUAAAUAUUUCAUAUACGUUA